CCCGAGACCUAUGGGGAAGGAAUAAAAAAAGAAAUCCAGUAUCGUCGCUCUCCAUUAUCUAACUGUUCUAUUUGGAAGUCAUACCUGGAAUCAACGUCGGUUUAUGCUAAGAUUUUGUCUGGCGGUGCAUCUUGCGAACCCCUUAGACGUUUUGGGGGUAAACUAGACGGCUUGCCAGUGGACGAUCUGCAAGGCUCGGUCGGCUACGGCGAGGGAGCCGCCAUGGCAGUCGGUUCACUGAGGCUCCACAUUGGAAUAUGAAGAGGAUCUGGACGGGCCACAAAACGCCGCAUUUAGCCUACAUGCUAAGUUUAGCAUCUUUGUGAAACUCACCCUGGAUUCGGAGCGAAUAUUUUGUUUUUGAAACGCACCCACGAAGGAGGCCCAAUUCAUGACAAUUUUAGGAGGAGACGUUUCUUUCUAAAGGGCCCCCUUGACUGAAAGAUUCCAAGCAAGGGGAUAAUGCAGAGAUUUGGACAGAAAGGCUUCGUUUAUUAGGCGAGGGUCUCCUGUCUGUCUUUCACCCUCUGUAGCUACUCAUUCGUAGCUACUGAUUUGCUGUCGUUCCCUGCCCUGGUUUUUUUUGGAUGAACAGCUUCAGAGAUCACAUCAGUGGCUAAAGCAAGUCCUCUGAGAACCACCAUCGAGCGCCUUCAGCAUGUCGGGUCGUCCCAGGACCACAUCCUUCGCGGAGAGCUGCAAGCCGGUACCGCAGCCGUCCGCCUUCGGCAGUAUGAAAGUCAGCAUGCCACGCCCGCCCAAUGACUGUCUGUCUCUCUCAGGGGAUAAAGAUGGCAGCAAGGUAACAACAGUGAUGGCCACUCCAGGCCAAGGCCCCGACCGGCCACAGGAGGUCAGCUACACGGACACCAAAGUCAUCGGCAACGGUUCGUUUGGGGUCGUCUACCAGGCCAAGCUGUGUGACUCUGGAGAGUUGGUGGCCAUCAAGAAGGUGUUGCAAGACAAGAGGUUUAAGAAUCGUGAGCUGCAGAUUAUGAGGAAGUUGGACCACUGCAACAUUGUCCGACUGCGAUACUUCUUCUAUUCCAGUGGAGACAAGAAAGAUGAAGUCUACCUGAACUUGGUUCUGGAUUACGUUCCUGAGACGGUCUACAGAGUGGCCAGACAUUACAGCCGAGCCAAGCAGACUCUGCCAAUGGUUUAUGUCAAGCUGUACAUGUACCAGCUCUUCAGAAGUCUGGCCUACAUCCAUUCAUUCGGGAUCUGCCACCGGGACAUCAAGCCUCAAAACUUGCUCCUGGAUCCCGAGACGGCUGUGCUGAAACUCUGCGACUUUGGCAGUGCCAAGCAGCUUGUCCGCGGAGAGCCCAACGUGUCCUACAUUUGCUCUCGCUACUACCGAGCCCCUGAGCUCAUUUUUGGGGCCACUGACUACACCUCCAGCAUAGAUGUGUGGUCAGCAGGCUGUGUGCUAGCAGAGUUGUUGCUAGGACAACCGAUCUUCCCCGGUGACAGUGGUGUGGAUCAGUUGGUUGAAAUUAUUAAGGUUCUCGGCACACCAACCCGGGAGCAGAUCCGCGAGAUGAAUCCAAAUUAUACAGAGUUCAAAUUCCCCCAGAUCAAGGCCCAUCCUUGGACUAAGGUGAGUCAACAGACGUCUGUGUGUGCGAUGGGUGUGCAGGUGUUCCGGCCGCGUACGCCCCCAGAGGCCAUCGCCCUGUGCUCGCGCCUGCUGGAAUACACGCCCACCGCGCGCCUCACGCCCCUGGAGGCCUGCGCACACUCUUUCUUCGAUGAGCUACGUGACCAGAACGUCAAGCUGCCCAAUGGUCGCGAGAAACCCUCACUCUUCAAUUUUACCACCCAAGAGUUGUCCAGUAAUCCGUCUUUAGCCUCCAUACUCAUCCCCGCCCAUGCUCGCAGUCAGGCUGCCGCCUCCACCCCAACCAACCCCUCUGCCACCACAGACGGCAGCAACACAGAGCGAGUCCCCAACACCACCACCGCCUCGGCUUCGGCUUCCAACUCCACUUCCUGAGCACGCCGUCAUCUUCCGCCCACCCGGUCUCAGCCCCCAGUCCGCGGCCUCCCCACUGUUGACCCGGUCGGCACAACAGGCUACAACCGCAAAUGAAAAUCUGCCUUUUAGCUCCCCCACAAGGCGAGCCGAGCCCCCUUUGCCAUCCAGUUGUUGGCCGUCUCUCAGUGGGCGGGGCGGCGGCACAGAGAAACAGGUGUGUACACUUUAUUGUGCACACAAAGCUCAUCUGCUAAUGUUUUCCAGGACGAUUGUAUGUAUUAUAAAAAAAAAAAAAAAAAAAAAAAGAAUAAGAAUCUGAAGCUACGCCCAACCAGCCCUGCCCGCCCCCUACACUUUGCUCCAUUUAAUGGCAUCCUCACCACCCCAAUUCUCCUUAAUACUUUUCCUCCUAUAUAAUGCAUGGCCUGAGAAUGGUUAGGGGAUGGGGCUGCCGGGGUUGGCUGGGGUGCAGUCUAGGCAUGAGGCUUGUGCAAGCACACACACACACACACACACACACACACACACACACACACACACACACACACACACACACACACACACACACAUACAAACAACACUCACCCUCACACAGACACACACACACACGGAUGCAUGUGCAAAGAAGCAAAUCCAGAUGGGAAUUUUGUUUUCCUUUAGCCAGGGCUUGUUUUUAAACUGCUUAGCAAGCCGUUUUACUCAACUUUGUUUUAAAAUAUUUUUCGACCCCGCUCGGGCCAUUAUUUUAUUUUAUUUUUUUUGCGUCAGAUGUGACAUGUUUAUCUGGUCCUGUGUGCUUGUAUAAUAUAUACAUACAAAAAAUUGCAUUACAUACACAAUUUAUAUAUUACUUUUCCUUAUGUAUAAAAAGUAUAUAUAGAUAUAUGUAUAUUAACUACUACGGUUCAGAAGUCUGUUAAUGAGUGAGUUCAUAUCCAUCAUUAGAGGCGGCAAUAUUUGCUGUUUGAUGACAAACAAUCCCCCCCCCUAGUUUUGCUGAAAUGUGCUAAAAUCCCAGCAUCCCUCCCCCCCGUUUUCCAUUCAUCAUCUUUUAUUGACGUGUGGGUGGAUCAGGGUGGGGGAUCCUUCUCCAUGCACACGUUGCUAUGCUUUAAAAAAUAAGACAUACAAAUUCACUAGCAUGAAAAAUGUAGCUCAAAAAUGCUCAUGAUGUAUACGAAUGAUCCAUCAUACAGAUGGUUUUAUUUUUAUUAUUUUAGUGUGGCCUUUGGAGGACAUUAGAAAAACUAAAUUGAUCCCUUUUUGGCCAAACAAAUUGCAGCUGACCUAAAAUGGCCCUUCAUAGGACAACCUAAAAUGGCUGCCGAUUGGCUAAAAGUGCACCAAUAUAAAAAUGGCGUCCUACGAGAAAAACUAAACUAACCCCUGAUUGGACAAACUGAGGUUUCCCACCCUUCUCCAAGGAGCCCUUUGUAACCACUAAGUCAUCCACCUUGGCUCCUACUUGCGUUUGCCAAAGCCCAUCAAAGCAUCUUCUAACUGAUAACACACAAAAAAGGAAAGAAAAGAAAAAAAAAAAGCCCGAACUGUAAAUACAAUAUAAAUGCUCCUCACCAAAAGUCAUCUUUCUUUUUGUGUUAUGUACAUAUGCAGACAGACCCAUGUACUGUUUAAAAAAAGCAAAAGAGAAAAUAAACACACCAACAGCAGAAUCAGGGCAAAUGUUGAGCAGUUGAUGGAUAUUUUCGAUGAUCUUUAUCCAGCCAUAUGUCCGAUGUUGACCUGUACAGUACAGUAGAUCUUGUAAUGACAACUAGUCAUGUAUAGUGUAACUAUAGUUUGGAGUGCCUUUGCUUUCAUACACUUUCGCCUUGUCGCCACCCCUACAGUAAUCGUGACUCGCCCCUUCCCCCCCCCCCCCCCCCCUUUGGUGCUGUUGAACCCCCCCCUCACCCCCACACAUGCACACAAAAACACAUUUCAUUGUAAUAUACAGAUUGUUGAUUGACUGUUAAUAGUAAGGAUAGUUUCCUUUUAGUGUUUGUUUGAGUAGGUGGUAUAGAUUUAUCUGGGACACGCGCACAAGCUGGCAGUAACGCAGUAGUCUGCACAAGGACCUCAAAUAAAAAAAAAUAAAAAAUGACUGUACAUAUAAUGAAAAUGCAGGACAGUAUUAUGACGGUGUAUCAGGGCCACAGGGAGAAAAAAUCGAAAGUGAUGGAAUUGCAGCAAAGUUGAAAUGUUGCCAGGAGAAAAUGUUAAUGUUACAUGAGGAUUAAGUAGUAAUGACCAAAGUUGUUUGAAAUAAUGCAGGGCAGUAUUGUGUAUGUAUUAAAUGAAAGUAAUACAAAAUGAGAAAAUUACAAAGAAGCGAUUGGUGUGAAUUAAAUUGCAAUUUUACCAGAUUAAAGUUGAAAUAUAUUUUGAAAGACAAUUAAAUCCUAUCACAAAUUGAAACAUGAGCUAAAAGUGAUGACUUUUGAUGAUGUCAUGGUUUCGGUACAAGUUUCAUUAAGAAAUUAAGCAUGAAAAAUUAAAUACUUAGACCAUUAACACUUGGUCUUAUUCGACCAAUUAUUGCAAUUCGACAACAAAAAAUGUAAUUCUCAUGAACAAAUAAAUGAUUGUACUCGUAAGCCCUUCCAAAAUCCCAACUUUAUUUUUGUAAAAUACAUUUUGACGUGAGUUUUGAUCAUCGCAACUUUAUAUUCUAAACUUUCUCCAAACAUUUUUUCCAUGCAUCAUUAUGCCUUAAAUCUCAUAUCUCACAUGCUUUGUAAUAACAUCUCGCCUUUGUCCUUGCAAUAUUCUUUUUCUUGAAAGAUUAAAAAAAAGUGAUUACAAGUUAAAAGUUGUAACAUUGCAAUAAUGACGUUGACAGUUUCAGUUGUAAUAAUACACUUUUUCCUCGUAUCAUCACUUCUUCUCGUAAAUUAUGAUCCCCGCCCCCUUUGUAACAUGUAAACGCCUUUCUUGUGUCAUUACAACUUAACUCUUGUAAUAAUCCAUUUUUAUCUCUUUUUUGUUAUUACUUUUAGCCUCAUAUUGCUGCAAUUUAUUGUUGUUAACCGUCAGAUGACAGCUUUAUUUCGUAGCAGUACAAGCUAUUGUCCUAAUAUUCUAACUAUUCUAACUAACUUAUCACUUAUUAUUAUAACUAACUUAUACCCCAAGUUCUAAAAAUGCUACUUUUGCUCAUAACAUUACCACUUCAUUCUUGAACAUUACAUUACGCCAUUAGUCUCUCAUUAUUUUAUUUUAUAUUUUAUUUUAUGAAGUAUUAAAAUUCCGUAACAUUGCAGCUAUCACCGGAAUAUUACAACUGUUAACCUGCAAUAUUAUUGUAUCGUUACAACUUAAUUCUCACAAUAGUCCAACUUUGUUUUCAUAAGCUUACAACUGUAGCCACUUAAUUCAUUAUUUUCUAUUAGCAUUUUCUCAUAACAUUGCGACUUUUGUCACAGAAAUUGACCCCCACCCACCCCCCUCUUAAUUGUGGCCCUCGUAGUCCUUGUAAAACGUAGGUAGUAACAACUUGUUUUCCUUUUACUGGAUGUCUGACAUAUUUGGGAAGGUUAGUCCAGUAUUCAGUAGCACCUAAGGGUUCGAGUCAUGCGACCUCUCUCCCGCCUCCUGCUUGCUGUAAUUUUGCACCCACAAACAUUUUGCAGCCCUCCACAAGUACCACUUCCCCUCUCCUAAAUAGCUACUUCAAUAAAAGCACCACAAAAUUUGCCAAAAAAACAAAACAAGCGGAGAUACUCGUGUUCCAUAGUAA